CCUAAAAAAAUCCCUUUUUAAAUUUUAAGUUGCCUUCCGUUUGCUGAUCUGAUUCCCAAGUCUUUUUACAAAAGAACGGAGAACUCCAAGACAGAGAAACACCCUGUGUGGCUCUCAAUAGACCGAUUCUUUCGCCUGCGGAAACUCAAGAUUCUACUAUGGCUGAGAAGGUUGCCUUUAUGAAGCAUGACAAUGAUGCCACAGACAUUGCUUGGCUAAUAUUUUUCAGCAUGACUCCAGAGAUUCAGCUUCUCCAUGAUGAGAAGAACGCAUUCGAUAUGGUUGAGAAUAUGAAGCACCGUUACCGACGAGAAAUUAGGCAAGAGAGAUAUGAACUCUCUAAGACCUUAUUUCGUUGUAGAUAUUUGCAACAAAAAGAUUCUGUUGAAAUUCAUCUUCAAAAAAUGAAAGGCUACCUUGAAAGACUUGAGAACUUGGGAUAUCCUUUGGGUGAAGAGUUGGCAAGGGAUUUAGUUCUUCAAUCGUUGCCUGCAAAUUUAAGUCAGUAUAUAAUUGACAAUAAACCAAAUGAAAUUGACAAAUCCCUGCCAGAUCUAUUUCAAACGAUAAGGGAUGCAGAGAAAGAAAUCAGUAAAACUAGUCCUGACACAUCUUCGAUCACCCAAUGUAGUAAAAAGAGUGCUAUUUGCAAUGUGAGGACAAAGACAGAGGGUGUUAAUGUUGUUGGAGUGCCACUGCAAACAAAAAAUGAAUUAGAACCUACAGGUGGUGCGGCUGGAAAAGGGAUUUGUUUUCAUUGUGGUGUAAAGGGUCAUUGGAAGCGUAAUUGCAAAAUCUACUUGGAAGAAUUAAAGAAAAAUAAGGAAAACGUCUCUUGUAAUUCAGGGACUAAAGAAUUACAACAUGCAACGAAGGAAUGCAAAUCGCUUAAGCGUAAGGCAGAGGUAGAAGCCAAGAUCACACCAGCACCGGAGACGAAGAAGAACACUGCUGGUCAGAGUACCACCAAAGGUCCUCUGUUGCCUAAGAAAGGCCAAUCUUCGGAAAAGACAAUCUCUGUGGCAGGUAAAAACCCAACCAAAGAACAGACAGUGAUCCCACAGUGUGCAAUUUUUGGGAGACUUCAUCCUGGAGAGUGAUUGUUUUCAAUGUUGGCAACAUUGCCUCUUCCAAAAGACAUGCCCGACCAAACCUCGUAUAGCACAAACUCAAGAAACAUAGAAAUGCAGCAACAACCGCCUUCCAAAUCACUAUAAGCUUUCCUAUAUUGGGAAAGAGAAGCUACAAAAAUGGGAAGCUUGUAUAAAGUUUUAUUUGGGAACUUUUUUGUUAGUGUUCAUGGGUCGAUAGGAGGAUUUUUUUUUUAGUUUUUUUCAAAGAGCCCAAAUCAUACUAAGGUUAAUAAAAUAAGCGUUGACUU